AUGGCGAUAAUUCCCGAUGAUGCUCAACAAAUUCUAGGCCUCCAAGCUGAUGGAAAAGCAGUCACUGAGGAAUUCGAUAAUAAGUUUCUUUUCAAGGAUAUUUACAAAUUGAGCCAGAAAUUGUUCGGUUGGAAUCAGGUUGAGACGGAGUCUGUUCUUGAGAUGAAGGAUGGUCGUCUAAGCAAGAAUUUUAAUCUGAAGAAGUUGAGGGACAAAUUGUGGGAGAUAAAGAAAAUCUUUGAUAACGAAGGAAGGGUGAACCCGGUGCAAAUCAAUGCUACCGCGUUAGCUUAUUUGCUAUACGUCCUGGGCAAAUGUAUCUUCCCCGACAGUUCCGGAAGCUUGGUCGAGGCCAGUUACUUGCAACUAUUGAAUCCCUUAUAUAAGAUGGGUGAGUAUUCUUGGGGUACUGCGGUUUGGAUAUACGAGCACCUCCCUUCUUUGUUCAAAACCAACUCCUACGUCAAAGUGGAUGAGAGUGUUGCGGUUAAUAAGCCAAGAGCGCAAAGGUACAGUUUUAAGGGUACUAAGGAUAAGGAAAUGCAGCAACAACUUAUCAAACUCCGAAACGCCAUCGACAAAUUGACUGCGGAUGAGGUGAUAUUUGAUUCGUAUCGAGAUGCUAGAAAUCAAGGUUUAAUCCAAAGGAGGGAUGAAGUUGUUGCAUUAUACUAUGGACCCUUGAUGACUACGUUUGAUGGAUAUUCAAUGUACGAUCCACAUCGGGUAAUGCGACAAUUGGGUUACAUCCAGGAAGAACCUCAUUUCGAUGAAGAAAAGUCGUUCUUUACUGAGAAAAUGGCUGAAUGCACCACGUCCCAAAAAACUAUUAACGUCUCUUACGAUCCAGCGCCAGUUCAAAAACACUGGGACAACAGACGUGUCCGUAAAAGCGAUGUGAGUCUUUUGGACGAGGUGACCACCGGUCAUGAAGCCACUGAGAAAUACAUGGCAUGGUACUUGGGUUGGGCUCGUCCUACUGUGAUUAGGGAAAUGACUGUUGAAGAACUGGCUCGUAAUAAGAAGAUGGAAUCGAAAGACCCAGCAACAAUGCUUAAAUUCUUUGUAAGUAUUUUAGAGUUGCUCUUACUAUUUUAA